GCGUCUCUCGCUGACUACACGCGAUACCAACCUGUGUCUAACAACAAAUUAAAAAAAUAAAAUAAAGACGCGAUGACCGAGAAAAGCGCGCCAACUGGAAAGUUCUGACAUUUUUUAUUUUUCGUGAUAUUUUUAGUAAACUGUUGAAAAAAGUGUUGUGCGUGUUGUUUAAAAAGUGUAUGGACAUAGAUUAAUUAUUUAAAAUGAAACUAAAUUGUCUUUAUUUGGUACUGGCGAGCGUGUGGUGCAGCGCGGUGUGCCAGCAGGUCCCCGCGCCCGCCGCUCCCGCAGCGCCCGCCAGCAGCACAGAGAGCGAGGAGCCUCCAGAAGGUUACUAUGCCUUCGUCGAGUCACCGAACGCCACGCCUCCAAGGGUGCGUCCCCCUCCCUACCGGCAGUCGUCUGCGGAGUGCGGGGGUCGUGUGGGGGGGGGCGGGCGGGCGCACGUGACGGCGCUCAACCUGUGCGGUGACCUUAACCGCGGCCUCGUGCCCCGCAACCCGCUCGGACAACUGCCGCACGGACAACCUUACCCCUUCGAAUUGAUUCGCAACGAGACGCUGCGGUUCUUGUCCCGCACCCUGCCCGUACUGCGCGCCGACGACGCGCUGCCCCGUGUCGCGCACGUGCCGCACCCGGACACCGCCCACUACCCCGCGGACAGUGCCCACUACCCCACGGACACCGCCCACUACCCCACUGACAGUGCCCACUACCCCACGACCGGCGCUCGCUACCCCGCCGAUCUACCGCAGGUAGCGGAGAUCAACGGCAACAGACUGGAGGAGCGGGCGCGGCGGUCGCUGGGGGCGGGGGCGGGGGCGGGGGCGAGUGCGGGGGCGGGGGCGCUGCCGGCGGAGCACCGCGGGGCAGAGGCGGAGGCGCCGCGCGAGAGCCGCAAGUUCUGCGACGGCGGCGGCGUGUUGUGCAUGCUGUAUCGUGCAAUCAAUGGUGACUCCGCCGCGGGUCCGGAGCGCCGCGAAGACCCCGGGGCUCCGGCUCCCGUCCCAGCUCGCUAUGAGGGUCCGCCGACGCCAUGUCCAGCUCGUGUGGAGUACGCGACGCCGGUGUUCGCGCGCAACUACCAGGGCGUGUGGCGCUACGUCGUACAAAUACCUUACGAGGGAUACUUCACACAGACUGUUGAAGUCACCAGAUGUAUGCAGUCACGUUGUCACUUCCUGGAGGGGGGAUGUCUGAGUUCACCUCGCUGGGUGUCAUUGCUGGUGGCGGAACUGCACCAGCAGCCGCAACCCUCACAUGAGGAGACGCUGGAGGGCAGCUCUGAGAAAUCCAUACAUUGUGACACUAAUACAUCUCAAGGUUGCUAUCAGGUGAGGCUGUACUACGACUGGUUCCUGGUGCCGGGCUCCUGCAAGUGUUGGAGACCAGAUUACUUCGCACGUUACGUCCGCAGACAUCAUGAACUCUAACUUAGGUAUAUUCAAUCUGAACAUUCUUCUCAAUAACUUUGAGGUCAGUAUACUGCAGUGUAUUGCUCACUUCAUUUUUAUUUAUUUAUCAAAAUAACAUUUCUAUAACUUUUAUAUAUAACUCUGUGGUAUUUUUUUUCUGCUUA